AUUUGCCAUAAUUAAUCUAAAGUAUUGUUAAAUAUUCAUAAUAUUAAUUUAUUUAAUUAGAAAUAUAAACCCUCACGCGUAAACAAACAGUGGCAUUUGACGUUUCGAAGACCUCACCCUACACAAGCGACUCUAGCGGCGAUUUCUUGUCCUCAUUGCGUAAUUUUUUCAAAAAGUAAUUGAUAUCUAUUUUUCUUAUCCAUAAUUAUGAUUAAGUUUGAUACAAGGGAUCUUUAGCACAAAUAUAAAUACAAAAGGAACCAUUCAAAUACAAUAAAUUUAAAAAAAACAGGUGAAUAACGUUUAGUUUUUAUUUUUUCAUGUUGAGCUUUUGGCUACUGCUACUCCCUAAAAGAUGGCGUUAUUCCAAAUUAAUGAUUUACAUUUGUUAUGGCCAUGGAUUCAAUUAUAUAAUAAUUUUGAAAUUUCUGUCAUAGUUUUUAAGUCAUUUAUAAAAAUAUAUCAUUAUCACAUAAUUGUUUCAAUCAUGGUCAAAAAGCUACGGUAACUUUUUAAAUUUCCCGCCAUUCAUUAACUAAUUGUCACUGUCAAAAAAAUGUAAACAACACCAAAAUAAUCAAACUGCCGUCAGUCAUUUAUAUUUUGUUGUUCUUCAAAGCCGGUGUGGCAGUUUUAAAUGUUGGGAAUGUGUUAAAUGUAUUAUUAAAACAGUGUGUACACGAUAAAUAAUCGCGUCCAACUCGGAGAAUGAUAAAAGGCAGUUCGUGUAACAUGUUUUACUUUCGGUGUGUGUUGUUCAUAUUGUUUUUCGCGUUUUCAUUGGAUAAAGUGGAUUUGUUGGAGAAUGGUAUGGCCCUCACCCCUCCCAUGGGGUGGAUGUCGUGGGGAUAUUACAUGUGCAGCACCAAAUGCGAGGAGGAUGAGGAUAAAUGUCUCGAUGAAAAAUUAAUUCUGUCAGUAGCCGAUAGUUUCUACAAUGAAGGCUAUCAGGAGGCAGGGUAUGAGUACAUUAUUAUUGAUGACUGCUGGUCAGAAAGGCAACGGGAUGAGAAUGACAGACUGGUGCCUGAUAAAAGGAGAUUCCCUCGAGGCAUGAAGUUUUUAGCUGAUUAUAUCCACGCUAAAGGCUUGAAAUUCGGCAUUUACACUAACAUAGCUAAUGUGACGUGUAUGAGAUACCCGGGGUCUUACAGCCAUUUGGAUAUAGACGCCCAGACUUUUGCCGAAUGGGGAGUGGACUACCUUAAAGUAGAUGGAUGCUUUGUUACUGAAGAUUAUCUUAAUGUUGGUUACAUAGAACUGGGCCACGCUUUAAAUAGGACCGGCAGACCUAUGGUCUACUCGUGCAGUUGGCCAUAUUACAUCGAGUACAUUCAUAAUAAUAAGCCAAAUUACACGGAAAUAUCAAAAUACUGCAACAUGUGGCGAAACUACCAUGACGUGCAAACAUCAUGGGACGCCAUCUUAGGCAUUAUCCAACACUACAGGUCGCGGUACAAGGAAUUAGCGCCACACCACGGCCCGGGACACUGGAACGACCCGGACAUGUUAAUAUUCGGCACAGGAGUCCUAACACACAGCCAAAGCCGGGUGCACUUAGCAGUGUUAGCAAUGUUAUCAGCCCCUAUUCUACUAAGUUGUGACAUGAAGAAAAUCACCCCAUAUGAGAAGAAGUUGCUUCAAAACUUGGAUAUUAUUGCCGUGGCCCAGGAUCCUAUGGGUAUUAUGGCGCAACCAUAUAAGUUACCAGACCUUUGGAAUGGUUUCGUAUGGGUGAAGCCUCAUUUACCGAAGAAGGGUGAUCAGUUUCCGUCCUACACGUUUGCAUUCGUCAAUUUGGAUAUAGAUGAGAGUGAAGUGUCAUUCACACUUAGCACUUAUCAUUUGAAUAAUACGGAUGGAUAUACUGUGCUGGAUGUGUUUACGGGACAGUUUAUAAGAAAUGUCACAUAUUACGAAACCUUUGAAGUAACUGUGCCAGGAGUAGAUGUCAUCAUGUAUACUCUGUAUCCGCUUUAAAAAGAUGCCAUCGCACAAGAAAUAAGAACUUGCAAAUGUUAUAUAUCUCUGUGUGCUCGAAGAAAAACAGACAAUCGAAGAAAAAAUAACUUACCCGGCGAAGGGGUGAGGAAAAGAGGCUGAUAUGGUUACAAAAAUGUAUGCGACAUAAAUGUGAUUGAAUUAAAAUCACAACUAAGUGUAAUUUAAGUAUUAAAUAGUUAGAAAAACUAAAGUAUUCAUAGAUGUCAAUGUCAUAGGUACAUAAAAAUAAAGGCCCGUAUUCACCAUCAACGUGAACAUCCGUUUUUCUUAAAACAACUGUUGACUUUCAAAAUUAAACGUAAAAAUUCAUUGUAAACGAAUGUUUUAUGAAAGCGUGGUGAUUAACGUUCAACCCUUCUCCGUAUGAGAGGAGGCCGCAGCCCAGCAGUGGGACGAUAAAAAGGCUGUAACAGAACAGUUUUGUGAAAACUGAUAUGUAUGUGAUCGGUGUACAUGGGCCUAAAAUGAAUAUUUAAUUUAUUUGAGCAACAAUAGUGACAGUUAUAUGUUCCCACGUAAGAUAAGAAGACUUAGGUAUUCACAUUUAUUUGUUCUUGAAUUAAAUUGUAAAUGACAGUGACACAUUUUUGUGACUUUGACACGAAUAUUCAAGGGGAUAGACUAAAAAUAAUUUUUAUUUUACAAAGAAACUAUUGGGUUAGAUACAAUUUGUAUAAUGCAUAUUUUGUUUUUACAUAACUCAAUUUAGUUCCAAAAUUCUUGUUUAAAGCGUGUCAAGAUAUAAUAGAUUUUAAGACGAGAAAAAAAGUGUAAGUGCUUUAAUUGUAUUUUUCAGUUUUUUGUUAUAUUUCAGUUCAAUAUUAUGCCCUGUAUUUAGUUAAGUUGGGCAUAUUAAUGAUUUUAGAAAUCAUAAAAGCAUAAUAAAACAUCUACCAUAAGUAAAAAAAUAGGUUCCGAAGUAGUUUUAAAAAGUAGUUUAGGUCAUGUCAAUACCAAGUAGGCUAGUGCCAAAGAGUUUUGAGGUUUUCUUGAAGAGGUCACGACAUGUCUUCUAAAGAGGUUGUGACGUCCCAAUUUAGAACUGGCCAACUAGAAACUAGGUUAUGUGCUGUUUAUGCUCAAUUUUAUAGAUUUUAGUCCUUAUUUGUAUUGGAAUAAGUGCUAUUUCUCAUUUUUUGUUCUCCUGUAGUGUAUAGGAAAUGGUAUUGUAAAUAGAAAAAUAAAUGCACUUAGGUAUUUUAAUUUAAUGUAUUUCUGCAUUUAUUUGAGUUUUAAUAUAGAUAAAUGAUCGUUAGUUUGUUAUGUUUUGUUAAGAAAAAAAUGCUGAGCGAUUUAAACUUGCAAUAAAAUGUUUCUUUAGUGGUAAUGCGUGGGUUAUGAAAUAAUAUGGAAUGUAAUAGAAAAAUAUUUAUAAUUCAAGUAGAGCCAAAUAAUUUGAAUUAGUUUUCGUCUGGAUUUAUGCAGGUAUGAAGUAAGAUUUAUGAUUUAUUUAUUUAUUCACUAGAGCCAGCUCUGUCACACAACUUUGUGAUAUUAGUAUUAAGUUUUAACGAAUUUACAACUGUUUUAAUUAAUGUUAUAUUAGCUUAGUUCUUUGAAAUGUACUUAACUGUAAUUUUAAGAAUCCAUUAUGGAUAAUAUUUUCUGGAAUUUUCUUAAUUAUAAGAUAAGUAAUUAAAGUAAAACAUGUAGUUUCGUUGGUCAUGUAGAAUCAGGCGAUACUUUGCUGAAAUUCAUGACAUAAAAUGUUAGGAAAAAUGUGUAUUGUCUCGUGGAAAAACACUGCAUAUUAUUCCUAACAUUCUAUGUAAUGGAUAACUGGUUUUUAUUUACUUCAUUUCGGACAAGAGAACACAGCUUAUACAUAUACAAUUAAAUUAUCACUGAAUUAUAUUACAUUGUAGUACUCCAAUGAAAAAGUAUCCUGUACCAUGCAUUCCGAAAUAUUUGAUCCCGUUUUAUAAAUAAAAGUCCAACAGCGUAUGUUUGCAAUUCCUAUGCCAACGAGGCAUUUUACGUGCAAUAUAUUUAAAUUAUAAAUAUUUAACAUAACGUUUGUGCAGCUAACGAUGUAUUUCAUUCGAAAAUUGUGAUUAUAAAUUAAAUUUUGCACGAACUGUACCUAACAAUGUAAUGUGUAUGAAUUUGUGAAUUUGAAUUUGUUACCAGUAGUGGUAAAAUAAAUUACCUACCCUACUAUGUGAAA